GUGGGUCUGGAGUGAAUGAGAUAAGCAUCGGUGGCCAACGCAGCCCUACGAAUCCCAGAGUGUCUAUUUGAGGAUGACCAUGACCAUAUCUUUGUCAGGAUCCCAUAUCGCUACGCCGUGCAAAUGAGACCGCCGUUCAGGAUAGCUGUGCUCGAGUGCGACACUCCGCUCGACGAGGUCGUGAAAGAAUAUGGCCGCUAUGGCGAGAUUUUUGAAAAGCUCCUGAAGCAGGGGGCGGACGAGCUGGGCCAGCCGGACGUCGCUUCCUCAAAGGACAUUCAGGUGACCAAAUGGGACGUUGUCGAAAAGGAGGACGAGUACCCGGAGUUAGAUAAUGUUGACGCCGUCCUUCUUACCGGCUCCAAACAUAACUCUUUUGACGACAAGUCUUGGAUCCUGAAGCUUGUCGAGUUUACCAGAAAGGUGCUUGCACAGGACCGUGUGCGCUUGAUAGGCGUCUGUUUCGGGCACCAGAUCAUCGGGCGUGCGAUGGACGUCAAGGUGGGCAGAAGCGACCUUGGAUGGGAGCUUGCAGUCCUGCCGAUGGAGUUGACGGGAAAGGGCAAGGAGAUAUUUAAGCAAGGCACACUCAACUACCACCAGAUGCACCGCGACAUAGUGUACGAGCUGCCUCAAGGAGUUGAGUUGCUGGGUCACUCGACGUUGUGCAACGUGCAGAGCAUGUACGCCAAGGGUCGGCUCAUCACGGUGCAGGGCCACCCCGAGUUCAACGAGAGGAUCAUGACAGUCCUCUUGUCGGCUCGACACGACCAGGGCAUUUUUGAUGACGAGCUGUACGAGAAGUCGAUGAGGCGGGCUGGGAGUGCGCAUGAUGGGCUUGUGAUUACGCAGGCGUUUGUGCGCUUCCUGUUGGAGGAUUAGUGGCAGGCCCGUUAUAGACGCCCGUUCCAAGUUUUAUUUUUUUUCUUAGAUAGAUUGUCAAUAGAGGCAUUUUUCUUCGCUGGCG